CUAUAGAUCUGUGCAAGUCAUAAUUUCACCUGGAUGUAAAAAUCACUUACCAUUAUAAGUAUAAGAUGCCGAUUAGCUGGGCCUUACUUCUUCUUCCGAUACUCUCUACGACGACAGUCCUGGGCGCGCGCCGUGGUUCACAGAGUAACUUUCGCAUUAUCAAUGGAACACCUAUUUCCAUAAGCGAUGCACCCUGGCAGGUUUCGAUUCAAGUAUUGGGAUAUCACAUUUGUGGUGGCAGCAUUUUGAGCUCUAAAAUAAUCAUAACUGCCGCGCAUUGUGUGUUCUACGUCCCUGCACUUCUGCUGCAAGUGCGAGCAGGAUCCAAAUACUGGAAGGAUGGGGGCCAGCUCAUAGAUGUGGCUCAAGUCAAAAGGCAUGCGAAUUAUGGCACUGAUCCCACCAAGAACGACAUCGCCCUUUUGCGACUAAGCCAGAGACUUUACUUUACCCGCAAUAUUGAUAGAAUUCGACUUGCAAAACAAACCCCUGAGAGUGGAGAAAAAGCCUCUGUUUCAGGCUGGGGUCAAAAAAAAGAGAAUGCAACUGUCGGUUCAAGGGAUUUGCAUAUGGCUUCGCUACGUAUAAUCGAUCGCAAGUCCUGUCAAGCGUCCAACUAUGCUAAGCUUCGUAAGAUAGUUACUGAAGGUAUGAUCUGUGCUGAAAGCGGUGAUAGAGAUGCAUGUCAAGGCGAUUCUGGUGGACCGUUGGUUGUGGACAAUCAACUUGUGGGUAUUGUUUCUUGGGGCAUUGGAUGUGCAAGAAAAGGACAUCCAGGAGUUUAUACCGAUAUCGCUUACUACCGAAAGUGGAUAUUUAAGUACGUGAGAAGACAGGAGUAAAUUUCACGAGAAUAUGGAAAUUAAAGAAAAUAAUUCAUUCUUGAAAUAAAAUAGUAAAAAACCUUU